AUGAUUGAUUCGUUUUUCGAUGAUUCCUCAAUAAAAAAUGAACUUAACAAUGACUUUUCUACCAACUGUUACUCCACUGUUGAUCUUCAGUCUGAUUUCUCACUCGAUAAUGUGGAAAUAUAUCCAGAAAUACCUAAUAAUGAUUCUUAUGGUGCUCUAUUUCUGAUGGACUCUGCGGACCUUUUAGAUGUACGUGAGGAAGUUAUUGGUGAAGAACACUUCGCAUCAAAUAUUGAUCAACCACCAUAUAUGGAAGGACUUCCAAGGAGGUUUGGACUAUUCUCUACCAAGAGUUCACGAAUCAGUACCAGUCAUAAAGAUAAAGGUAAUAAGGAACACGAUGUUUUCCAUGAUAAAAAUUCUUUUUCCGAUGAACAGAAGCAUAAUAAAUGUUCGUGGAAUGAUGGAUCUGAAGAGAUAACUGAUAAAGCUUAUUUAUGUAACCCCGAUAGUCCAUUAUCAAUCCCUAAUGACAUCGGAGUAACUUCAUCAGAUAGUAUAGAUGAAGUGUUUGACAAAGAUCAUGUAGCCAGUCACGAUAUCAUUGAUGGUGAUGAUGUUUCUUUGGAGAGGCUUUCCGAUCUACAUAUUCCAUUACCAUUAUUUCACACUGAAUCUAAUUAUUCAGAUUCUUCACAGAUAAAUCCAUCUGAUUCAGAAGUGGAUGCAUGCAGUUUGUUUUCGUCAAAUAAUUGUGCUACAAAUCACUCUGAUGAUUAUGUCCAAAUAAAACAUAUUCGAUCGACUGAUUCAUCUAACUCAACCUCAAAUGAAUCUGCGACUAAAAUCCCUACCGUAGUACCUGUAUCGUCAUUAUCUUCUGCAAAAAAAACCGAACUAAUACGACUACCAUCUCACGUUAACCAUCUAACCACCACAGUUAACCCGAGCUAUCCAUCUAGGCCAAUAUCAGCUUGUCUUUCAUUGAAGUCAAAAUAUCGCCGUUGCGGACAAAUAACACUGAAAUCAGGUGCAUCCAUCCUUCGUACGAAAAGUUCAUUUAAUGAAUUAAAGCCAUGUUUUAAACCAACAUUCACUUCUACACGUUUUGCGCAUUGCGGGUUUCUAGCUGCUUCUCGUUUUUCCGGAUCAAUGAAAGAAUCAGCAGGUAGUCCAACUUGGUUUCCGAAAGUUGCAUUCGUUAACUCUAAUACACCACUCACUCUUAGAAAACCAGCUAUUGUGAUUGCCUCAUCAUAUCCCAAUUCUAGAUCAGAUGCUACAUAUCUGAAAAGCGAAGGAAUAAAUUUUAUGACACAUUCUUCCGUUAUGCAGUCAACAGAUUUACAAUCUUCUCUUUUAUACAGUCAAAAUGGAUUUUAUAUUUCCACAAUGCAUCAUAAUUCAUUAGGAGGCAAUAAUCCCGGUGAUUUAGCAUCAGUUGUAACCACUACAAUCCCAUCUGAUUUCACAUCAAAUCGUACUGUAUUCUGCCCUCAUCUUGGUUGUGGGAAAACAUUUCGAGAUACAGCUGCAAUGCGUAAACAUUUACAUACCCAUGGUCCACGCGUUCAUAUCUGUGCAGAAUGUGGUAAAGCAUUUGUUGAAUCAAGCAAAUUGAAACGUCAUCAACUUGUUCAUACUGGAGAAAAGCCUUAUCAAUGCGCAUUUGAUGGUUGUGGUAAACGUUUUUCUUUGGAUUUCAAUCUACGUACUCAUUUACGUAUUCAUACUGGGGAUCGACCGUAUCCGUGUCCACAGCCUGGUUGUAGUAAACGUUUUGCUCAGUCGACAAAUUUAAAAUCACAUUUAGCAACACAUAGUAAAAUUCGAGCUACUCAUCAAUCAAGUUUUAUGAAUAGACAUCUAAAUGCUACUGUGAAUGGUAGUGGUGGUGGUGGUUCAGUUCUGCUACGCCCUGCUGCUGCUGCUGCUCAUUCUAAUCAUACACAUGAUCAACCUAUUCCAAUUUCAUUAAGUAGUUCUAUUUUACAAUCUCCAAUGAAUUUUUCCACCAUAAUUCCCAUAGGAUCUAAAGAUAUAAACGUCCGUAAUCGAUGUGUCAAUAGAUUCAAGCCAAAUUUAAGUUCAUUAUUUCAAGAGGUUCAUUUAGAUAACUCUCGAUUACAUACUUCAUCGCUACUGAAUAUUAAUAAUACUUUGUCUAUUCCUACAUCAAGUCCAGAUCAAUGUGAACUAACAGAUAUCAGUCCAUUAUCUCCAUUAGAUCUAACUUCUUCCUCGACAGAAUCCAACAGUUCUACAUUAUCAUCUCAAAAUACCACAACUCAUAUAAAGCAUAACAUUUCAUCUUCUAAAUCAAUGAUUUCAAAAACUCAACAACUAUUCACUAAUACAAUUGAAAAUCAAUUAAAUGAUUUCAUUAAUUCCACUACUACUACUACUACUACUAUCAAUAAUGAUGUUGUACGAUUAUUUGAAAAGGAUUCUUUAGAAUCUUCUAUAAAUUUAAACCCUGAAAAAAUGGAUCUAAAUGUUGGAAUUACACAAUCUAUGAUUAAUAAAAUUGAUGAAGAUUCUUUGCAUAAUUCACAUAUGAAUAUUGAUAAUAUUUAUUAUCAAUCCUCAUUAAUUAAAUCUGAAUCAGAUAUUAUUGUUAAUAAAUCAAUUACAUUAAUAGAAAAUUGUAAAACAUCAACAAAACGUUCAAGAAAAUGUUUAAGUAUAAUUAAACGAUCUGAAUCACCUAAUUUUGAUGAUUUUUUCAAAAGUCAAAAUGAUAUCAAUUUUACGAAAAAUGAUUCUUUAAAAAAACAUUAUUUUUAUCUUGAUAAUAAUAAUAAUAAUAAUAAUAAUAAUAAUAAUAAUAAUAAUCAUUUAUUGUCUAAGAAUAAAACAUCAACAUUAAAAUCAUCAUAUCAACAUUGUCGUCGUCGUCGUCGUUGUCGUCGACGAUAUUGUAAAUCAAAAUCAGAUAAUAAUAAUAAUAAUAAAUAUAUUUGUAAAACAUCAUCAUCAUCACAUUCUAAUAAUAAUAUGCUUAUUACAUCAUCACAUUAUGGUACUCGUUCAAAAUCUCGUGAAUCAUUUAAUAAAAUAUUAUCUAAUCAUCAACGUGAUCGUCGUCGUUGUACAUUAAAAACAUAUGCCAAACAUCGUUUACGUUCGUAAAAAUAUAAAUUUGUUUGGAUGGAUGAAUUCUACCUCUUUCUUAUUCUUUCAUCAUCACGAAAACAAACACACAGGCACCAAUACAUAUAUAUAUAUAUAUAUAUAUAUAUAUAUAUAUAUAUAUAUAUAUAUAUAUAUAUAUAUAUAUGAUGUUAAUGUUUCUCUGAUCUGUAUUUCUAUGUUCAUCAUUGUUCAUAUUUAGUCAUUCUAUCACCAACUAUCUUUAUCAUAAUGCAUACAUUUCUUAAAAUAUUAAUAGUUCUAUGUUACAUCGCUCAAAUUAGUAUCAAAACUAUUGAUUUAUUCUACUCAUAUGGAUAUAUAUAUUUUAAGAAAUGUUUCUUUCGGGGUUUCUUUUUUUUUUUUUCUUCUCAUGCUAGAAUAUCUUUUAUUUAAAAAUUAUUCCCAUGACAUUUAUAUUAUUAUACAUGGAAAUUGAAAUCUGUAAUAUCAACGUAUGUAAACAAUUCAUUGAUUUUUUUCUUCCUUAAAAAAUUACCAUUCCUGUUAAUUUUACCUUUAUGCCGGUAUGUGUGUGUGUGUAUGUGUAUGUAUGUAUGUGAGUGGGUUUUUCUCCUAAUGAUCAUUUUGUAAAACCAUUACACUCUACUGGGAUCUCUAAAGGCGGCAAAUAUAUAUGUGUAUUAAAAUAUCAAUAACUUAUGUAUGUUGUUUGCAUUUAUUCAAUUAUAUAAUGUGCAAUACUCACUUAAUGAAUGCAUUUCAUUCUGAUAACUACCACUAAUUAACAGAAUAUACAAUGUGCAAUAUAAAAAGCAACAUGAACACAAUUAAUUGUUUCAUAUAGAACAGCUGACUCUUUUUUUUUUCUUGAAAAAAUUGUUUUAUCACCACCACCCCACCCUCCACUCCCCCUUUAUUCCUUCAAAUAUUCAUGUGCAAUCAUAUUUAAUAUUAAUUUGUUGAUUGUUUCUUUUCUUUUUUUUUUGCUUAAAAAUUGUUUUCCUUUUUUUUGCCUUUUCUUGUCGUUUUAUGUUUCAUUAAUGAAAUCAAUCAAGUCGAUCUUUCACUAAUAUGCAUAUGCAUAUAUAUGUCAGAAGGGUUUUUUUGUGGAUAUUAUAGUAAUUUCAAUAGUUGAAUCAAUGGAAGGUAGACCACUAUGGAAAAUUUGCCAUCUACUUCUUCCAAGUUUUCCAUAAUGGUCUAACUUCCAUUGACACUGAUGAUUUCAACUAUUGAAAUUUUUAUGAAUGUAUUCAAUCAUGUUCAUGAUCUCUUCUUGUUUUAUUCUAUUCUUUGUUGUUGUUGUUAUUGUUGUUUCUUUAAACAUAUAUUCUAGUCAUAUCUCUCUAUAAAUUAUCCACAUAUAAUAAAUAAUUUCAAUCGACAAUGGUAUAACUAGUGAAAUACAUUCAUUUCUUUUCCUGACAACGGACACAUCUAUAUUUAGAUUAAGGCAAAAGAAAAAAAUAACUUUUUUUUUACUGUUUCUUAAAACAAUAAUCAGUUGUAAUCAAUAUUAGAAGUUCACUAUAGUUCGAGAUGUUUGUUAUUGCUGUUAGAGAUAUAAUACUAGUAUUCUUAUAUCAGUAGUUUGUGUGUGUGUAUGUAUGUAUGUAUAUCGAUGGUGAAUUCCGUCUAGUCUUUCCUUAUUUACCCUGCGUUUAGAUGUCUGUCUUACCGUCCGUCCAUCCAUCUAUCUAUGUACGCGUACACUCUUAACAACAGUGACAGUGUGUAUACCUCAUCAUAUUAUGUGUCUAUCCUACCUAUUCGUCCAUCAUAACUAUUAUAUCUGCAUUUAUUUCUUUCCUUUUUUUUUAAAAAAAAAAGAAAACUUUAUUUACUAUUCAAAUCUCUCGUCGUUUUGUUUGUUUGUUUGUUUUCAAUGUUUCUCAUCUCAAAGAUAUUCUCUUCAUUACUAUCGAUUUAUUGUUGUCCAAGUAAAAAAAAAAAAAGAAAAGAAAAGAAUCACGAUAUAUCCCAAUUAUUUCUUUUAUUUGCCUCUAAAAACUUUUCUUUUUUUUCUGUGAGUUAUAGCCUGGUUCUUUAUCUCUGAGGCUUUUUAUUUUCGUUUGGUCGGAAUGUUGUUGUUGUUGUUGUUGUUGUCGUGAUUAUGAAUUUAAAAAGUAUGAAAUUGUAUGUGUGUGUCAGUCAAAGAAACUUGAUCGAUUUAUCUUUCUGAUAUUUUUAAUGUAGUUUUUUUUUUUCUUUUUUCGAAUUUUUUUUUUCUCUGUAUCCAUGCAUUAAUAUAUGUACUUGUAUUUGUUUAUUGUACUCAAAUACUCAAAUGGUAAUUAAUAUUCAAUUAUAUUCAGGUUUUGUUCACUAUUCUUUUCGAUUAUUAUUAUUAUUAUUUACUUAUCUAUUUAACUUAUCUAAUUAUCUGUAUUCAUUGAAUAAUAUAUGAACUUUAUAUUUAUUUAUGUAUUUUUAACACGAAGGUUAACUACUGACUCCGUUGUUUUGUUUUGUUUUGUUUUUUUAAUCAAACAAAAGAAAUGCUUAUGUCAUUUAAAAUGGCGCGUUUUUGUUUUGUUUUGUUUAAAUUGAAUGUAAUUUCAAUGGUUAAGAUUAUGAAUUAGUUGAAGCGAGAUUAUCAUGAAAAACGUGGAAGUAUUGGACGACCGUUUUGUUCUAUUGUGGGACUCCUCAGUAGCAGUGUGCAUCCACGAGCUCGCCCCCUGCGAGAUUCAAAGCCAGGACCUACUGGUUUUGCAGCGCGAGCAAUUAAUCAUUAGACCACUGAGUUGAACGGCAUCCAACGGUGUUAAUGUCUAAAUUUAACUAAUCCACUAAAUUGAGUGACACAUCUACCAUUGUCUUCAGUGUGUUACUAUCUCACAACAGAUCUGGUUGAACUUCACUGUUCACUGCUUCUCACUAGAACUCCAGAAAAUGCCUCUUGAAGCCAGACAGUAGUGAGUAUAUGUUGAUUAAUAUCACCUAACUUAUGAUCUUAACCACUGAAAUUACUAUAAUAUCCACAAAACCCAUGUGAUAUUAAGUUGAAUGUAUUGUUUAUUAAAUUAGAUAAC